AUGUCUGUCUGUCUAUCUAUCUAUCUAUCUAUCUAUCUAUCUAUCUAUCUAUCUCCCCCACUUCAUUCCUGCACAUGCGUAGUUGCAAAUUCUUCAGAUUCGUUUCUCGGGACAUCUUCCUGGCCAAUUCUCCGCGGCCUUUUCAUGAUGCUCCGAGAGAAAGAAUUCCAACUGUACCUCCCUUCACCACAACGGACCGAACCAUAUUUUUUUUUAAAUAGUUCUUUGCAUCAACACACUUCCCUUCUUCCUUCCUUUCCACUCACUACUCAUUAUUUUUUCUUUUGUUUUUCUUUUCGUGUUGCUAAUUCUUCAAGCCAUCAGGAACUUAUUCCAUGUAUUCUUUGCCUCUCCUCGCCUUUUUAUUCUUCGUCGGAAUGCGGACGAACAACGUUGAUUUUUUUCCUCGCAGUACGGUCGCCAUUAUUUGUUCAUCAAGACUACAAUUUAAAUUCUCCUCCUCCUCCUCCUCCUCCUCCUCUUCCUUCUUCUUUUUCUUCUUCUUCUUCUUCUUUAUUAUCAUUUUAA